AAAAUAACGCAUUUACUUACUUCUUGCAAACGUGCAGAAUAGAGGAAUCCUUGCUCAAACGGAACCGAAGAACCGGCGUGUGCGUCAGAUAGGCGCUUGGCCUGGAUUGUUAGCACUCUCAGGAGGGGCUUAACCCAAAAGCGCGAGCCUUGUCGGAAGCCAGCCUGCACAUCGGCAGCACUUGCGGACCGUGCCCACCGGCACCGGUACUGCAACCCCGCGAGGUCUUGGCUGCAUUAGAUCUCAAGCAGCCGCGGCGGGCCGCGGCCGCAGAAUUGCAGCCGCUGUGUUCCCAGCUUCGGCACGCGGUUGAGCGGUGCGAAUAGUAUGUCCGAGCCUGACACCCAAGACCAGGGGCAGGGCGGUGUGGAGUUACCAUCCGCUCUGCGGCCACGAAGCGGGUGGGAUAAGGCAGCUCACAACCCGGAGGCCGUACACAACCCGUACAUUGAUGCGGCUGCGGUGCCCUCCAGUGGGUAUAUGAGCCCGGAGUACCAACCACCUCGUGGUACCUCACCUGGCGCUGAGUCAGAGGAUGCGCUGGCGACGGACCAGAGCGCUUUCGGCGUCGCGCAGCAGGGCCACCUUCUGGGCCGCACGGGAGAGCGGACGGACUCAGCAGGCGCCGUGGGCUCAGACGGCCGCCCAGGGUGGGACUCGCGUCACCACGUGGCCUCGAAGACGGACCGGGACCCCGCGCCGCCGGCUCAAAUCCUGCGCCCGCCCUCCUCCACCGCCGCCCCAGGCCAGUCGUACGCCACAGGCGGCCUCGGCGCCGCGGGGGCUGGAGCAGCGGGCGACACGGGUAUGGAGGGCGGCGCCGCGGAGGGUGGUAGCAGCGAGGCGGGUGCCGGUGCGGGCCUGGGCAUGGGUCAGGGCCGCACCACGCAGCUGCCCGGCCUGAACGCGACCUCCCCGGCCAGCCUGCGGCCCAGCCCCUAUGCCUCCACAUCGGGUGCUGCUGGCACCGGUGGUGCCGCAGGCGCCGCGCCCGGCUCGCCGUCACGCGGCAGCGGCACGACCUCGCCGGCGCCCGCUGCCGGCACUGGGCGCCCUGACCUGGCGGACACGUACGUGGGCCGCGCCUAUAGCCCCGAUGGCACUGUAAAGCGUGGCGGGGGUGCUGGGCAGCAGCCUGGUGCGGCGAGCUCGGCGGAUGGCGCUGGCGCAGGCGGCGGGGCGGAGGCGGGCGGGGACACGGGCGUGGACGGCCAUGGCACGCACCUGCCGGCCCUGGACAAGGCCUACCUGUACCACCAGGGUAAGAAGCCGCCGUUCGAUCUGGGCUUCGGCACUGGUGGUGUGGGGAACACAAAGGGCCGGCGCGGCGUCGCCGCGGCGCAGGGUGGUGGUGGCUCCACGGCACGCGCAGCUGCAGCCAAGGAAGAUUCGUUGUCAUGGCUGGCACCCGCACCCGGUGCAAUCUACAUGCCCGCCAACGGCACCAGGCGCCGCGGAGCCUCGCAGCCGCGCAGCGCGCGACCCGCCCGCGACCGACAGCUGGUGCCUGUGCCGCCCCCGCUGCCCCUCACCAGCCGCUUGCACCACAGCGGCAGCGGCGGCGCCGGUGGCCACGAGGGCGGCGGCCGCGUUGGCGGGCAGAGCGCAGACGGCGGCAUGCCGACGCGGCGACGGGAUGACACGAUGCGGGCGAGCGCGGGCGUGUGGCGGCCUAGUGGGAAGCAGCCUAUCCCUGACGCGCUGCCCAGCCCGGGCCGCAGCUCUUACCGGGCCAAGGCGGAAGGCGAGGCGAGCCGUGAGACACAGGAGGAGGGGGACCGGCGGCGUGCACAGCCGCGCACGUUCAGUCCCGACCGCUACCCAAUUGUGGGGCAGGGCUGGAGCUUCACGCCGGAGAAGAUCGCCGUCAACCCGGCGUACAAGGACGUGAGGCCCAAGUACCUGGAGGCAAAGCCGCCGGCGGAAGCUGACAACACCACACCUCAUCUGCCACACAUUGACAACCACCAUGGCAAGCCCUGGCUUACGCCCGGCAAGCACCUGCUCUCGGACAGCAGCACACCUGCUCCCAAGGUGGCCAGUGCCGGCCGGCCGUCCUACCUGCCCGCCGCAGGGCCCUCAGGGCCCUCCGUGUCCUCGCCAUCGGGCGUCGCCGCCAGCCUGGGCUCAACAUUGAACCGAACAGGCGGUGCCGGCGGCAAGGCGUGGGGCGGUGGCAAGGGGGCCCCGGCUGCUAAGCCACGCAGGCGCCCGCUCGUGAAGCAGGAGACGUACAGUGGCAGCGGCAGCGAUAACGACGACGACACCCCUGAGGGGGACAGGGAGGUGCUGGCCGUGAUUGGCGGCGUGCGGCUGAUGAGCAUGGUGCGGCGCGGCGAGAUGGCGGCGGAGAUCCACCGCCAGGCCCAGGAGGACGCAGAGAUGGAAGCCGAGGACCGUGCACGGGAGGAGGCUGACCACCGCGGUGAGCGAGGAGGCUCCGCUCCGAGCGGCGAGCAGCCUGUGGCCGGAGCCGCCGCUGACGCCACCGCCGCCAGCAGGUCAAGCGUGGGGGCGGGCGCGGGCGCGGAGUCCUCCAAAACACAGGCGUCAUCGGAGCCGCAGCGCGAGCAACGCUGGGUGAGUGAGCCGGAGCAGCAAGAUGCAGAUGAUGGGGCGAAGGAGGACGCGUCACCAGCAGCGGGUGCGGAACGUGAGGAGGACACGCCGCCGGUGGCACCUGCAUGUGUGAGCAAGCGGCCGUCGGGAGCCAGCGCCGUAUCCAAGUCUGACUCUGUAGGAAGCGCUGGGUCGGCGGCAGGCGCACAAAGCCGCGUGAGCUGUGAAGACGGCAGCGAUGGGUUGGAUGCACCGGAUGGUGGUGAGGACGCGGCAGAUAAGGAGGAGGAAGAGGAGGAGGGGGAGGCAGCGAAGGAGGAGGAGGCUGGCGGGGACGGCGAAGAUGAUGAUGGUGAGGACUUGGGGGGCGUGGAGCUUCCGGACGAGGGGGCGGCUGCAGAGGAUGAUGCGGAAGAGGCGGAGGACAAUGUGGAGCUGCCUGACGGCGCAGACGAGGAUUAGGUCGGCAGACGGUUGGCAUUCCGAGGUGAGCAUGCGUCAAGAUGUCAAGACACGUGUCGCAAACAGAUGGUGUGCAUGGACUCUAAAUGUAAGAGGCGGACCUCGUGAUGUAGCCCGCUGUGUGAGGGCUGUCGAAACUCGGACUAACAAGCAACAACGCCUUUUGGUGUUAAUUGAAGCAGGCAAAGCCAUUUGAGGAAGCCGGCUUGAGCGGUUGCAAACCCAGGGCCGUACCUGUCACUGAAGCGUGAUGGUGCGGGUCGUACCUGGUGUUCGAGACGCCAACGGCUUGAUACAGUGUUGGCGAUCAGUUUGUGAGCCAACUGUCGUGCAGACUGGCAUGUAAGUUAUGUCAGGC